AUGCACUCGAUGCACGAUGGAGGCGCAAGCUACGGGUCCUUAGCGUUGGAAUGUGUCCACGCUAUUGUGUACAUGGACGGGAGUCCAAAAAAGCGCCAAUACAUUGUGGUCGCGAGUCCACCUCGCGACGCGUCGUCGGUUACGAGUUUUCCGGGAGUAUCCUAG